AUGAACCUAGAAGAGACCGGUGCCCAACGAAAGUUGGAUUUGCAAGAAUUAGAGGAGAUCCGGAACGAAGCCUACGAAAAUGCACUGAUUUAUAAGGAGAGAAGUCGGGCAUUUCAUGACCAACAAACCUCUAGAAAAACCUUUGAAGUUGGUCUGAAGGUCCUCCUGUACCAAUCCAGGCUUAAACUCUUCCCAGACAACAAGUUUGUGGUGAAUGGACACCGUCUCAAACAUUAUUACGAAAGUUUUUCAAGUGGAGAAGUGGAGACGAUGAGUAUAGAUGCACCACCGUGUCCCACUUUGUAG